UGCUACAGUAAGUUGGAUUGCGGAUAGGUGAUGCAUGGACGCAUCUAGAGAAGUAGAGGAACUCUCCAAUGAAACUGAAAAGAUAAAUUUGUCAUCUGAAAGUGUGUCUAAACCUGAAAUAGCAUCUGAGCCAGCAUCAUUAUUGGAGCAGCUCAAGUUACUACCAGAGCCACCCAGUCUCAGCAAAGAACCCAUAGUGCUACAGCUGAGAGAGCUGAACCCCUAUAUAACCUGUGCUCUUUGUGGGGGCUACUUGUAUGAAGCAUCUACCAUCACAGAGUGCAUGCACACUUUCUGCAAAACAUGCAUUGUCCGUUACACAGAGAGGAGUCUGACUUGCCCUACUUGUGACACCCCUAUCCACCCAACAGAUCCUUUUGUUCAUAUCAGACAUGACAGUACUUUACAAGACAUAGUUUACAGACUCUUACCAAAAGUAGCUGAAGUGGAGCAAAAGAGAGAAAUAGAAUUUUAUGAAAAUCAUGAAAAAGAAACUGGAGAGGUAAUUCUCCCCAAACUACAAUUACCCCCCUCCCCUCCACGGACCCCUCCCCCUCGCAUGGACCAGCCUCUCCUCCCCAGCGAGUACAUCCGCAAGAAGAAGAAGGAACCAGUGCUGGGGAACUUCAGAUCUCUGUUUGUCUCUUUAGUGCUAACACAAAUCAGUGAACAUGAAGAUUUAGAUGAAGAGUUUGAACUUGAGAAGCAGUAUAUAAGAGUCACCAAGAGAGCAACAAUAGGAAAUGUUAAAAGCUUUAUCAAGAAGAAGUUACAGUUAGAAAAUUAUUUCACAGUUAACAUUUUUCACCCUGAAGAAAUAAGUUCAAUGGGAUCCAUUAAUGAGGAUACAACAUUAGAAAGUGUACGAGAUAAUUACUAUGCUGGUCAGGACUGUUUAAUUGAACUCCAUUACAAAGUAGAUCCAAAAGAAGAGGAAAUUUUGAAAGAAGAAGAGCUAACAUGAUGAUUUCCCCAUUUCAUUGUUA